AUGGCGGAACAGGCCUCUUCAAACAGUUCUGUUUCUCAAUUUCUAUCAACACUUAUACCCACGUUAGUGAUUGCAGUCAUCUUUGUCUUGGCAUUCAUUGCGGUGAAGAACCACCAAAAGAGAGUGUAUGAGCCACGCUCCAUCGUCAAGACCUUGCCCGAUGACUUGCAAACGCAGCCGGCUCCAAAAGGCGCCUUUGGCUGGCUUGCCUCGCUUUUGAAAAGACCAGAGUCCUACAUCAUCCAGUAUGCCGGUGCAGAUGGUUAUUUCUUUUUGCGGUUUCUUUUCGAGUUUUGCUGCAUCUGUAUCUUGGGGGCUAUAAUCACCUGGCCCAUUUUAUUCCCCGUGAAUAUCACCAAUGGUAACAUGAACCAGCCAGGCUCAACAGUUUCCGGCUUUGAUAUCUUGACCAUUGCCAAUGUCCGCAACAAAUGGAGAACUUUUGCUCACGUGUUUUUGUCGUGGAUCUUGUUUGCAGCAGUGAUUUUCUUGAUUUACCGUGAAUUGGUGUACUACACCACUUUUAGACACGUGUUGCAAACUACCCCAUUGUACGACUCAAUGUUGAGUUCAAGAACGUUGUUGUUGACUGAGAUUUCGACAGAGGACCUUACUGAUGCCAAUUUGAGAUCGUAUUUCCCGACGGCCACCAAUAUCUGGUUGGUUAGAAACUACAAGAAAUUGGAAAAGAAUGUUGAAGAAAGAACAAAGUUGGCUAGUAAAUACGAAGGCGCUUUGAACAAGGUCUUGACCAAGGCUGUCAAGUUGAAGAACAAGUGCAUCAAGAAGAGCAAACCGGCACCUGAACCAAGCGACGACCUUAACGCGUACUUGAAAGAUGGCAAAAAGAGGCCAACCCAUAGAUUGAAAUUUCUUAUUGGUAAAAAAGUUGACACUUUAAAUUAUGGUGCUGAAAAGUUGGGUGAAUUGAACAAAUCAAUCACCAAGCAACAAGACGAGUACCAAACAUUUGACUUGUUGCCAGCCGUCUUUCUUGAGUUUCCUUCUCAAUUGGAGUUGCAAAAGGCUUAUCAAGCUAUCCCAUUCAAUAAAGCUUUUAAAGGAGUCAAGAGAGUUACUGGUGUUUCACCCGAUGACGUUAUUUGGAAGAAUUUGCAAUUGACUCCAACAAAGAGAAGAAUUAAAAAAGUUCUUGCCAACACUUUUCUCACCUUGAUGAUUAUCUUUUGGUGUAUUCCAGUUGCCGUUGUGGGUGCCAUUUCAAACAUCAACUUUUUGACGGAAAAAGUGCCCUUUUUGAGAUUUAUCAAUAACAUGCCAAGCGUCAUUAUGGGUGUUAUUACUGGUUUGCUUCCCUCUGUUGCCUUGAGUAUCUUGAUGUCGUUGGUUCCCCCAGUGAUCAAGUGGAUGGGCAGAAUCUCGGGUCGUCUUUCGAUCCAACAAGUUGACGAAUAUUGUCAAAGCUGGUACUUUGCCUUCCAAGUGGUUAACGUUUUUCUUGCCAUUGCCUUGGGCUCUUCAGCUGCCUCGGUGGCCCAGGAGAUUGUCAAGGACCCCGGUUCCGCUAUGCAACAGUUGUCUCAAAGAUUCCCACCUUCGGUCAAUUUCUACUACUCGUAUCUAUGCGUACAAGGGUUGACCAUCAGUUCCGGGGUCUUGUUGCAGAUUGUUGCUUUGAUCUUGUCGCAAUUCUUGGGCAAGCUCUUGGAUAGCACUCCAAGAGCCAAGUGGACGAGGUGGAACACCUUGGGCCAACCAGGAUUUGCUGUGUUGUACCCAGGUUUCCAAUUGUUGACUGUUAUUGCUCUUGCCUACUCGGUUAUUGCCCCUUUGAUUUUGGGCUUCACUGCAAUUGCCUUUGCAUUGUUUUACUUUGCCUACAUUUACACCUUGAUUUAUGUCAUGAGACCAAGCACCGUUGACGCUAGAGGCAGAAACUAUGUCAAGUCCAUGUUUCAAUUGUUCACCGGGUUGUUCUUGGCCCAAUUGUGGAUCACUGCGUUGUUUGUCUUUACCAAGAACUGGGCUUGUGUUGCAUUGGAAGCUGUGAUUAUCCUUGUCACCAUUGCUGCCAAGUACUGGAUGAAACACAAGUUUUUGUACAAUGUUGAUGCUGUUCCAAUCUCGGCAAUCAAAUACGCUGCUGGCGACACUACUUACACCUACCCAAUGUACGACCAAGGUUACUCGGAAAUCAAACGUGAAGGUCAAAAUUACUGGGAAGGUGGAAACCAGUUGGGAUUGUCCAAUGUCGACAUUAAAGACCAGGUCUUGCCCGAUAGAAACCCUGCAGCUGCCACCACUAAAGAACAUGAUCCAUCUGUUGCAGGAGCAAGCUACGACCAGCGCGGUUCUGACAUUGAUACUAAAAUCGGCAACAUUGAAAGCGAAAAAGGAUCGCACUCUGAAAAGACGCCACGCCCCUCGACUUUGGGUGGUGGUGGUGGUCCAUUCCAAGAAGCACCCAGUUCUCAAGACGAGGAAAAACGCGGUGUUGGUAAAGACGCAAUCAAUGGCGUUGUCGGUGCUCCAGGUAAGGGAAUUUCGUGGCUCAAGAUUUUCUUCCAGCCCAAGACUCAGACUUUUGAAAUGAUUAGAAACAUUAUGCCCAACUCCUACUUCAACUAUGUUGAAUACAAUCCCGAGUUUAUCAGACACGCUUAUGACGACCCUGCAGUCUCGCUGGAAGAGCCCCACAUUUGGAUUGCAAAAGAUCCAUUGGGAUUAUCUGAGAUUGAAAAGAACAAGGCGCUCAAGCAAGGAGUUGAUGUUUCCGAUGAAAAUGCCACUUUUAACGACAAGGGUCAAAUCAUUUUCACUGGUCCGCCUCCCACCUAUGAGGAUGCCAUUAGAGUCUAG